AUGGCGGCGGUACUGCGAGUGGCGCGUGUCGUGUACGCUUCCGGAUGUGGCGGUCAUCAGGUACCGUGUACCGCGUACGGUGGGGGAGUGGUGGCUGCGUCUGGUUUUUGUCGCGUGAGUUUUGUGUGCCGCUGGGCCUGUCGCCACGGUGGUGGCUUUCGCUGUCGCGUGGGUGUGCUUCACCCCCGAGAUGGCGGGGGCGGGGAGGUGCGGUCGCGGCCACACCGCGGGGUCCCGGAUUUUUUGUUGUGCGCAGGCGAGCGCCACGUGCGGGUGUGGGCCGUUUCUUGCGGUGGUGCGCGCCUCCGUCUCCAUCGUUUGCCUGUUUGCUCGUUUGUGCCCACGCCCGCGUGUGUGCUGCUGCACUGCACGGCAACUGCCUGCGCCUGCGCCGGGCAGCUGCGUUGGUGUGUUGUUCACGUUGCCCCUGGCGAAGCCGCGGGCCGCCUUGCCGCGGUGCCUCGCGGAGGGUGA